GAAGAGAAAACUCUGUUACUGAUAAUAAACAAAGUGUAGAAGAAAUUCCUCCUGAUGACAAAGAGGAACCAGGAUUUGAUUUGGAUGAGCGGGAAAUCAAAAAAUUUCAUAUUUGGCCGAAAGGGAUUAUACCAUAUUACAUAGACGAUUUUUCAUUCGAUAAAGUUUUAAGAGAUACAAUUCGGGCUUUCCUUGAGCAUACCAACCAUAUGACUGGCCUUCAGUUCCUGGAGCUGCCAAGUCCACCUAAAGAUGACAGCAGAUGGGUCUUCUUCAUAAACCGGCAGGGCCUGCUUGAAUGUAUUAAUCAAUCUUUUCAGAGCUUUACUAAUGAUGGAGUUCAGAAAGUACUUCUUGGUUACGACUGUAUAAUCAACUAUGGAAUGAUGGAAGUUCUAUUGAUGCUUGUUGGUGUUCCACCACAACACAAUUCCCCCAAUCGUGAUGAUUAUGUUGAGACUAAAUUGAAUAACGUAAUCCCUAACAAGAAAUAUUUAUUUAAAAAAUUUAAAGAUGAUGAAUGGUUGUUUCAUGACCUGGAGUAUGAUUUUAAAAGCGCUGGUCAUUACGAUUCUCAUAAAUUCACUGUUAACGGCAGAGCAACUCUUAUACCAAAGGAUGACAGCAAAUCUAAUUCCGAGAUUGGCUUUAAAAAACAUUUUAGCUCUAUUGAUAUAAAAAAAAUUAAAAUGUUAUACAACUUUAUUUCUAAAAAGGAACCCAGUGUUCAUCUCCCUCAAUGUAGUAAAAUGUUUAAUCCGGGAUCUAACUUCAGUAAUUACCGCGAAAAUAAAAUAACUGAAGGGAAACCAAGGAAUAAACCUAAUAAAUAUUUAGGAGUACCAGACGAAGCUCCCGACAGAGAGGAUGUUAAUAGCCACUUCGAUGAAGUUAAUGGUCAAACAAAUGAAAAUAUAACAAAUCCAAAAUCAGUUAUGGAUAAUAAUGACGUUGAAGAAGAAGAAGAAGUAGAAGAACCCGAAAAUAGAGAAACAGAAGAGGUUGCAAAAGAUUCAGAACAGAAAAUAGAAGAAAGUCUAGACGACUUUUUAAAGGAAGAUAGUCAACAAACUGAAGAGCGAAUAGAAGCUAGCGAAAAUGAAGAUUUUGACAAAGAAAAUAAAACAGUCUUAAAAGGUAAGACAAAACAUAAAGGUGAAAACUUGUUGGACUUGUCUGAUUUUGCUACUGGAGAGGACAAUUAA